GUAUAGAAUUUGAAAAGAACCGUUGACAUUUACUACCCCGGGUGUUUCUGUGAUAGCUGAGAUAUUUAGUAGCCGGUUUUACAUACUUAAUAACAUCAAUUUAGUUUACAUUUUUUAUUUAAUUUUACUGUCUAAAGGACCCCGUAAUAAUUGAUUAAUUAGUGUAACAAUUUACAAACUCAUUUCGGUAAUUACAAUAUAGGUGGUCAUCACUGUUAUAAAAGGUUAGCGACUGAGAUAAUCAACAAAAUGCCUCCAAAACGACGUCGAGUAAGAACUAAACAAGUUGAGCCUUUUGUACAUCCAGCUCUUGAAGAGGAAGAAGCAGCAGCUCCAGAUAUCACUCUAGAGCAAGCUAAAAAUCGAAUUAAGGAAUUAGAAGAGCAACUCCGGGUUAUGUCAUUGCAGAAUCACCAGGGUAACAACAGUGUCCUGGUAAAUCAAACACUUGAUCCGUCAAAAGUUCGUUCGAAGAGUGCAGUAGAUUCACCGAGAGUCAAAAAAACCCGUAGAGGCUCUUCCAAUGUUCUCAAGAAAGACCAGAAUGCAGGAUGUUCAUGCAGUGGUGACUGUGGAUCCAAGAGAUGUGGCUGUGUUAAAAAAGAUAAAUCUUGCAGCGAGUUUUGUAGAUGCACUGAUUUGUGUAAGAACCAGGUUGACCGAGCAAGUGAAGAUGAAGACGAUGAAGAUAAAGAGAACGUGCAAACCCGUAAAAAAGAGACCAAAAAGAAAGUUGAGAAAAAUCCAGCACCGAACGAACGUGUUACUCGUAAUCGUCAGGUGAAAAUGAUGAAUGAGGAUUCAAGUUCGGACGGAACUCCAAUACGACCUUCUAAACCAAAGUCGCUUUUUAAUACUCCUGAACCGGAGAACCGUUCUUAUAGUAGUGAAACAUCGCCUGAAGAAGAAAGUAUUAUAAACCCGAUGAAGCCAAGACACCAACUACCGCGUAGUCCUCCAAAUAAAAGUAUGAAUACUCUUAAUAAUUCAGAGCUUGGACUUGAUGUUACAGUUGAAAAUCGUUCACCGUCACCGAAUGUAUCGAGCACCAAUACAAUUGUCAAUGAAACGAACACAUCUUUACAAGUCAAUUCAUGUAAGCUUGAAGUGCCCUCACCCGCAAGUAAUCCCAUGAAGCCUAGACAUAAAUUAGCGCACAGUCCAAUUGCUGGUCCGUCAUCGGAUCGUACCACUCGGUCGAAAUCUAAAUCGCCAAACUUGAAGAAAAAUACUUCCGGUUAUGACGAUGACGAUGUAUUUUUAUCUGUUUCAAUGGCAGAUUCAUCGAAGCCUAUUGUAUCACCGACUCCACCACCGGAUAUUUUCAAAGAAAAAGUUGAUUGGGAUCAACACCAAUCUAACCUGGUUGAAUGUCGUAAAUGUCACCGUAAGUUUUUUGCUUACCGUAUUGAUACUCAUGAAAGAAGUUGCAAAAAAAUUUAAGAAUCAGCUGGCUGGCCAGUUAUGCAUUUUUAGAUUUAUACGUAGAUUAUUUGAUAUAUUUAUUGGCUUAAAGGUAAAUGUCGAUGGUACAGUGAUAAAAUUUUCUAUUUAAGUCCUCA